ACAAAUCGUCUUAUUGAAGGAAAUGUGAACAAACAACGACAACAAUCGUCUCAUUUUUCUCUGAGAAUCGUUCAACACUAAGUUUCGUUUGAUUCUGAGAGAAUCGUUCAACUUCAGUUCAACUUCGAUUCAGAAUCGUUCAUCAUCCCUCAAGGUUCAGAAUCUUUCAAUUGAAUUUCAGUUCUCUGAAGCUUCGAUUAAGCAAAUUCUUCUCAGCUUCUCAAGCUUCGAUUCAGUUUCUCAGCAAAGCUUCAAUUCAUAACCUCUCAAGCUUCAAUUUAGUUUUGUUCAUCGUUCAACUUCAGCUUCAGUUUAUAAUUUUGUUAAUUUUUUUUCUAGUUACUUUUCCAAUGUUCCCUAUAAAUUGGUAAUUAGGUAAUUGGAAAUUUGUCCUAUGAAGCAUUGAUUUGUUGAUUGGUUUACUGUAAUUUAAUUUUAACAUUUUUCCUGCAUGUGCCAUAUGUUUGUGCCAACACCACUCACAUCGUGGCUCCGGUGGUAUCCACACCAUCGAUGGAUGAAUUGGGACGCAUUUACCAGUGUAUUUCUUUGGCAGUUUAAGCCUGAUUGGCGAGUCAUUUUACCGUUACCGGAUGAUGAAGAGGAGCCAAUUUCAGAAUCGCCACCGCCGUCAGAGUCGUAUUUUGACAGCAUUGUUGUGUUUUGGAUGUUUAGGUGUCAUUGUCAGGUUCAAUCUGUACUGCUGUUACUUGGCGGCCGUGAAAUACCUCCAACAGUACCUUCCAUGCCACUGACGAAAAUAACCGGGAUGCUAACAAAUACUCUCACUAGCGGACAAUUAAUUUGGUGGCGCGAUAUCUUGAAGAUUGGGGGAGAAGACAACGAUGAUGGAUGGUUUAUUGAUAAUGUGUGUAAUGUUCUUGGCGUUGGCACCAUAGAUGGUUGGGUCCAGUUUGCUUCAAGAAUCUUGAUCCUAGUUUGUUUAGCAAAGCUGCAAACCCAGGGGCCUCUCAGAGGCUGAUGAGAAUUGGAAUUGGCAGACGUCUUGCUGCCAGGAGAGAGGGAAACUGCCACCGAAAAGUUGAGCAUUCUGUCAGAGUUCAAACCUAGUUUAAAUUUAUAAAUUAGUUAAUAUAAGUAUAGUCAUGAUAUCCACAUACAUAAUGUCAUUGUCCAAAGAUAUCAUUUUAUUAUAGACCUUCAACUCUAGUUAGUACUAUAAAGAAAGAUAUUUAGUCAAUAUGUGUUAGUACUAUACAUUUUUAUAAAUUUGGUACUAUGCUAACAGAGUGUUCUGUUUUUCCCACUCAAUCAAUAGUCUUUUUCUCUAGAUAUUAUGCUUUGUCAACCAUAAUCAAGAAUUUAAUGGAGGACAAAACUAGUUAAC